AUGGCCAACCCGUUGACCGAAAAGGAUUCCAACAGCUCUCUGAAGAGCGUCCAUGUAGCCCGUCAUAAAGCAUCCUCUAUUGAGUCGGAGCCCGCACAGUCGGAGCUACCAGAUAAUUUCGGAGAGGUUGUGAAGGGGGUAUACCGAUCUGCCUUUCCGCAUCCUUGGAAUCUUCAUGCACUGAAGAAGCUGGGUCUGAAGAACAUAAUUACCCUGGUUGAUGAAGCCUACACCUCCAGCCAUGUGGUCUUCUUGAAAGAGAAUGGGAUUGCACACCAUCGCAUCUUAGUACAAGCGAACAAAGACCCUGAUGUCAAGAUACCAGAUACUGUUAUGUGUCGAAUCCUAGAGCUUUUGCUCGAUAAGAGCAACCAUCCCAUCCUCAUCCAUUGCAAUAAGGGGAAGCAUCGUACUGGAUGUGUGGUUGGUUGUUUCCGCAAGCUUCAGGGCUGGGAAUCGCGCGAUAUCAUCGACGAAUACUUCCACCAUUCUUAUCCAAAGUCUAGGCUGCUUGAUGAGAAAUUCAUCAAUGAGUUCGACGCCUCUCAACUUUCUCAAUCUGCUCAGGCUUCCGGUGUCAAGGCGUGGAAGCCGUCAGGGCACUUCAAGUUGCCAUCAGAAGAAAACGAUAAGGCUUCUCCGACACGCCUCCUCCCUCCCGUUCUCUGA